UCGGUGAGGCUGAACAUCCCAGGAGUUAGUGUACUAAUAUUUGUUUUUAGUGCUCAUGCACAUAAUUUUCCCAUUUGUGAAUGCUGACUGCUCUUUCAAGGUUCUGAGUAAUCUUAUCUAAUUGUGUAAUCGUACUCCUUAUGCACAGUCUUUUCCUUUGUAUUUGGGUACAUUAUGUCACAGCAGCUUUGUUCAUACAAUGUAAAUGUGCACAAAAAUAACUAGAGGACUACAGUUUGGUUUAAAAAAUGGCAGCAUAAAUGUGUCAUGACAAUGGACACACCUAGACAUGUGCAUGAUCAAUAAUGAUGCACAAUGAAACUAAUUUUAUACUUUGGCUUAAAAAAAAAAAAAAAAAAAUCAAAUCCUUUGCUUGCUCCUUCUAUUUUUCCCCCCAUACAAAUGUCUGAAUAGAUUUGUAGUAGGAUUGCGUUUAUUUAUUUGAGUUAGUCAAUUAUGUAUGAACAAUGAACAUUUCAGUAAGAUAUAUUAGUCUUUGAUGAACAGAGUUUUUGUGUCAAGGCACUGAUAUAAAGGGCAUUGGGUACAAUAGCUGUACUUUAACACUUUAUUUUUAUCUUUAGUAAUUUCAAAGAAUAUGAAUUUAUUAUAUUUGCAAUUUUUUUUUUCAUGUCAGAUGUGCUUUAACAGUGGUUUAAAUGUGCUGUAUUUGUGUCACACAGAUGCAGUUGUAGUGUCAGGUCGGCUCUUUGCACUUGUUACUGAGCGUACAGUGCUUGACUAGUUGCCGGAUUACUGUUCAGUCAGGAUUUGAUCUUUCUGAGGGAGCUGUGCGACUUAACACUGAUGCAUUAGGUUUGUAUUAAUUCCACCAGAGAGCUUCUUUGUCCAGCCCUGUGGGGUUCUGAGAAAGCCAUGCUUUUUAAUGACCACUGGACAGAGACUCAGCAACAUCACAGAGUUUGUCAAUUAUCUGCAACAGGUAGGUGUGUUGUAUCGUACAGGGUGACAUCAUCAUCAUUGUCAUAAAUGUAUUUAAUCUGUCUGUAAGUAAGACUUGUAUAAUGAAUUAGUAUGUAUUUAUGUGUAUGUGCUAUUGCUGCAGUGGAUUUAACCGGGCUUCAUUUAGUCUUUAAUCCCUCAUAGCACUCAGAGCGAGUAAAAUGUCUCGGAGUAGAAGCAGAUCAGCUCUCCUGGAUUAACAAAAGCCCCUGCCUACUAUGCACCACCCCUCCUUUGGUAAAGAAAAAAUCUCAUCACUGUGUUCUCAUCAGUUCAUGGUUGUUGUUUUGCAUUUUCACAAUGGAGUAGCAAGGUUGCCUUCGCCUACAGCCGGUGUGUGUGAGAGAGCAUUUGGUAUCUUCUUUCCCUUUUGUAUUGCCAACAGCAGUACGAACUGGAUUAAUUAUUCAGCUGUCACCUACCAAGAGGAGCUAUCUAAAAGCAAAACUCUAAAAGAGAGGAAAGACAGAAAUUACAGCUGGAACUCGUAUGAAAAAGGAUAUUCCUGCAGCAUCUUUUUUUUUUUUUUUUUAAAUCCUCCACUCUUUAAAUUACAUAACAGAAAAACUGAAGCGAGCACAAGAGAACAUCCUCUCUGCACAUUUUUUUCUUCGAGAGGACUGUCUAGGUGCUAAUGUUGGUCUCUAGCAAGCAGUUGCCGAUUGGCCGUUCCCAAAGCUGGGACGUGCUGGGUGGGAAUGGAAGUACUUGGGAAUGCAGUGAGAACAUGUAUGAGCAGCAGACAAGGACAACUGAGCAACGGAACUCCUUUGGAGGGGAUGCGGGUGGUUGGAAUGAACCCCUCACUGGUGUGCGUCCAUCUGACAUGGAUACAAAACGGGAGCCCUAUCAUUACCAGGUGUCACUUUAUAAUCAAAAUUAUGAUCGACCUGAUUGCCGCAGCAUGAGGAAGAGUUCUGUUCCAGAGCUGAACAGUCAUUAUGACCGUUCACCCAUGGUCCAUCGUGGUUCUCUAACUCCACUGGAUCCUUGCCAGCAAAAUCCUGUAAUGUUUUCCAGGCAACCUGAUGACUUCUAUCGUGGAGAACAAAUGCCCCUUAACCGGUCAGCUUCUCAUUAUGUUAUGAUGGGAGGGACUCAACCACUUUGGAACCAGAACCAGUCUGGGAGGUCUAGUGCGCCUACCCCCACUCCAGCACCACCUCCUCCACCCCAUACCGCUCACGAAAUGACCCGUAUUUACCGGGAGCCAUGCCUUCCUAGCCCUCUACCUGCCACACCUGUAGCCAAAAUGAUCUCAGGAGGCCAGCACAUACCAAGCCGUGCACCAUCUCCUGCUUGCUAUGCCACUGAGGCAACUACUCCUUGCUAUGGGGCUGAGGCACCCUCCUCUCUUCCUGGAUGCUCACUGUAUAGUGAUCUUAAUGGGAGACCAGUGGAUCCAAGUCAGCCUGCAGCCACCUGCCUGGUUAUCGAUCCAUCUUCUCAAGGUAUGGUUAUGCGGCAGAAAAGCCCUUCACCAUAUGUUAUACGACAGCAGCAACAGGCCCAACAGCAAAAACAGGAUCCAGGUCAGCAGCAAAUGCAACAAGUUCAGUCAUUCCACCAGUCACAGCAGGUUCAGCCAGUACUGCAAGGGCAGCCAGUUCAACAACCACAGCAAAUGCAACCAAUCCAGCAAGUGCAGCAAAUGCCACUUGUGCAACAAACCCAGCCUGCACAAUCUGUUCAGCAGGGACAACCUGUGGCACCACCAAAUCCUGUGUAUGACCCUAACCAUCCCUUGCCAGUUCCUGCCCCAGAGACUACUUCAGUCACUGCUGCUAUCUCUGCUCAGGGUCCUCCUCAGCUCCCUACUCUACCUGCUCCUCCUCCUACAACACCUCAAAAUUCACUGGCUCCUGUGGACCCCAAGAAGGUUGCUGACCCAGAAUUUCUGGCAUUUUUGCGCAACGAAGGUUUGUCUGAGAGCACUAUAACCUCUCUGCUACAGCAGGGCUUUGAUUCCACUGCAAUGUUAGCUGUUAUGGAACAGAAUGAUGUUCACUCUGUUGCACCCAACUUGGGGCAGGCACGUGUUCUCUCUCGUGUGGCAGUCAGUUGCAGACGUCCUAUGGACAUGCCUCAGCACCAGACUGCUCCAGUCCGAGGACGAUCCAACAGUUUCAGCCAUUGCAGUGACAUAUACAUACACCAGCAACCAAAAACGACUCCAAGCAUGGACUCUCAGUAUAUGCAGCCACCACUGACCCAAGUCCAGACCAUCUUCCCCAGGAUGGCUGAAGUCAUGGGCCGCAGACCUAGUAGUGCUCCCUCCCAGCAGCUUCUAGAGGCUAGUGGAUACCCUAUAAUAAGAACACCAGGGUCUUUCAGUAGUGCAGUGCUGCCUGUUCAACCUCGUUCACUGUCUGCUUACACAUCACACAUACCUGGAGCGCAACCACAAAUCCUUGGUUUGCAACAGCAAAUGCCAACUCCUAUCCAUGGCAUGCCACAACAAACACCACAGUCAACAACCAUGACCAGUCUGCCACCACAGCACGCCCCCAAAGCAUAUUCCACCAGCUACACUGUGCCCAUGGAACUGAUGAAAAGGGAUAGAAGCCUGGCCACAAUGUCUACCCUGUCUAAUCCACAACCAAGCCCCCAUAUAAUGCGAAAGACUGGGGCAGCACCUCAUGAGAGUGCCCUGUUGCCUGUAGGUGCUGCUAUACAGACUCCUUGGCUUGCCAAUCAGAAGCUCUCACGACGCACUGGACCCCCGGUUAUUGUAUCCACCAUGGCAUCGCCUGACACAAGUAUAAGGCCGCAAAUCAUGAAUGGACCGAUGCAUCCUCGGCCGCUGGUCGCUCUGCUGGAUGGACGGGAUUGUACAGUGGAGAUGCCCAUCCUCAAAGAUCUGGCAACCGUGGCCUUCUGUGAUGCCCAGUCCACACAGGAGAUCCAUGAGAAGGUACUAAAUGAGGCAGUGGGAGCAAUGAUGUACCACACCAUCACACUCACCAGAGAGGACCUGGAGAAGUUUAAAGCCUUACGCAUCAUCAUCCGCGUUGGCAGCGGCUAUGAUAACGUUGACAUAAAAGCUGCUGGAGAAAUGGGCAUUGCAGUGUGUAAUAUCCCAUCUGCAGCUGUAGAGGAGACUGCAGACUCUACCCUCUGUCACAUCCUGAACCUGUACCGGAGGAACACCUGGCUGUACCAGGCUCUCCGGGAGGGCUCGCGGUUCCAAAGCAUAGAGCAGAUCAGGGAGCUGGCGUCAGGAGCAGCUCGCAUACGGGGAGAGACCCUCGGACUCAUAGGUUUUGGCCGAACAGGUCAGGCGGUAGCAGUUCGGGCAAAAGCAUUUGGCUUCAACGUGAUAUUUUACGACCCGUAUCUGCAGGACGGUUUAGAACGAUCACUGGGUGUUCAGAGAGUGUACACCCUUCAGGACCUGCUGUACCAAAGUGACUGUGUCUCUCUGCAUUGCAAUCUGAAUGAACAUAACCACCACUUGAUCAAUGACUUUACCAUCAAACAGAUGCGUCAGGGUGCAUUCCUGGUGAACUGUGCUCGUGGUGGUCUGGUGGAUGAGAAAGCUCUGGCUCAGGCCCUGAAGGAAGGAAGAAUCAGGGGAGCUGCUCUGGAUGUGCACGAGUCUGAACCAUUCAGUUUUACCCAAGGUCCACUGAAAGAUGCUCCCAAUCUUAUCUGCACACCUCACACAGCCUGGUAUAGUGAGCAGGCCUCGCUGGAGAUGCGAGAAGCAGCUGCCACUGAGAUAAGAAGGGCUAUCACAGGUCGUAUUCCAGACAGCCUUAGAAACUGUGUCAACAAAGAGUACUUUAUUGCCACUGCGCCAUGGGGAGCAGUGGAGCAGCAGGUGCAUCCAGAGCUCAACGGUGGUGCAUAUAGAGUGGCCCAACCAUUACCAGCCAUAUCUCCUGGUGGCCUGCAAGACAAAAUGUAUACCUAAAUGCAAACAGACAUGCCCAGGGUCCAGUGGGGAUGACUUGUGGAGAACCAGAGGAGGGCACAAAGCCAGGUGGGGGUUCCAGUGCCCAUGCCCUCUCCCUGCCACCAGGCCCCCAGCCCAACUGUACCCCCUGCCUGAACCAAUCCCACACACAUGAGCACAGAGAACACACAUCUGAGGUGUAACCAAACGCAGGGAGGCGUGCUACUGAACAACUCACAGCACAGUUCAUAUAGCGAGUUCACUUCAAACCAGGGACAAGAAGAAGUAAAUUAACUAGGAGCUACAGCGAACUGCAGUGGGAACAGCUCAAAUAUGCAGUGUGGAGGUGUCCUUUUGCUCUUGUCUUGUCAUGGGAUUUUAGUUUUUCUUGGAUUUAGUUAUUUUUGUUCCAGAUGUUUUCCCUCCACAUGUAUGCUUUAACUUACUUGUCUUCUUGGGACCAUGCAUAUGGCCAGGUGGGCAGGAUUUCUAGUCCACUCACUGAGUUCUCAAAGGAAGUUCGGCAUCACUCACCCCUUCUGCAAAACACAAAACACUCAUAGAUGCAUUUAGUCUGUUAACCUGUGUUUCUUUCUAUUUCCUUAUAAGUGAUUAAUUAUAUUGGUAGAUAGUGUAUUUGUCAAAAGGUGAAGACAAAAGGUUUAACUAUUCAUAACCUCAGUGUGACCCCUUUUCUUAACUUGGCCUUGUAACCUUAUUAAAUAGACACAACCACAUGAGUCUAACAACCACCAGCCCUAAUGUUCAGGCAUUUUUGUAUUCAUUUACCCAGAAGUGUUUAAGCAACUUGGGCAUGUCAGAUUUAUUGAGUUCAGUGAGAGAAUUAAAAUUUUUUGUCUGAUACUAAGACUAUGAAUGGCAGCUCACAGUGAAACGGUCAGGAGCCGUGUGCCAACCUGCUCAGGAAACACUUUUCUUUUUUGAUGUCUGAGUUCCAUAAAACAAGAUCACAUGUCUGGUUAUUCUACCAUCUACUUUUCCUCACACUGCUCUCUUGCUGAUAUUUUUAUAGAUGUAAAAUAGAAAAUAUUUUGAUGUUGCUGUUAGAUUUGUAUUGCCAUAGUAUGCAAAAUGUUUUUUGUUUUUGUUUGCCUUGUGAAUGUUAUGAUACCACCUGUAGUCCAUUUUGUUGUUACUGAAAUGUGUGUUCUUCAGCCCACUUUGCCAGUAUAUGUAUAUUAGGACAGUGGACUAUGUUUUUAUUGUGUUUGUUUCUUGUACCAAGCAUCAAUGACAGUACAAAUAAAAAAAAUUUAAAAAUAAUAAAAAUCAUCAAAAUAC